UGAAAGUCACGAAAGUAAAUUUACAUUAUUAAAAAAAAAAGGUUAUACAAAUAAAAGCGGAAUUUAAUUUAUUCCCAGAGUUGGAAAGAUCUCUGAAUAAACGAUUACUGAAUACAACAAAUACACCGUAAAUAAAAAUCCGUUGGAUAUAUACAAUUUGUUCUUGUGUAAAAUGAACUUGAAACUAUCAAAUACUAAUGCAGACGAUAACAACUUUUAAAUAAUUUAAAUAUGGAGAUCAGAAAUUGUUUUCAGAAAAGUGUAUCGUCGGAAUAAAUGCACAUAGCUGUCAAAUCUUUCCUGUUUCAUCAGUUGAUAUUUAAAAGAAAAGACUCAGUAAAAAUUUAAAACAAAUAAAAAUGAGAAUUAGAGAAAGACUACCAGCUGAUACAUUUAAACCGAAUUACAAUUCAAAAACAAUCAGCUUCACUAAUUCUCAGUGGUUACAACAAUUGCUGUCAAUAGCGGUACGUUUAAACAACGCCACAACUAGUCAUGAAUAUUCAUCAUUAUCCACACCAAAUGCCACUACCACGAAUAGUAUAGAUAAUAGUAAUAAUAAUACCAAACUUAAUUUGAAUGCAUCAAGCGCAGCAACAACAACGUCAAGUACUGGAACAACUGGUUGUAUUAUCUUACAGUUAUAUGAUAAGAAUCCUGAUUUUCUUUACAAUCAAGAAGAAUAUCAGGAUAUUGACUAUUCUGUAUUAAAAAUGCAGAUUAUUAUAUGGACACAGAAAUAUCUCAAACCGGAUGAUUUAUUCAUGGAUUGGUUUGAAACAGUCAAUCGACAUAUCCACCAUAGCAGUAAUACGUAUCAUCAAAACAAUUAUGACAAUAAUAACAAUAACAAUAUAAAUAAUGAACACAAUGAAUUAUCUGUUACAAAUAUUACAUUCUGUACAGAGAAUUUAAGAAGUCUAAUGAUUGAAGGUGAUAAGCAAAUGUUAGAUAAAUAUAAUGGAUAUACUUUAAAUGGGGAUAUAUAUGGAAUCAAAAAUGAGACAAAAAUAGAAAACUAUGGUGUUAGUGAAGUGCAAAUUCUGAUUGUGAUUACACUUUCCUGUGUACUGAUUAUUUGCUUCUUCAUGGCCGUUAUUUUACGUAUUCGAAGUUUUUGUAGACGUCAGUCAGAAUCAAGAAAACAAACACGUAAUGAUCGUGAUUCUGCAUUACAAGUGAAUUUUGCUUAUGAUGUGAAUGAAACACAGAUAGCUGAGAAAUCACCGAUACCAAGUACAACAUUUGGCAGUAAUGCAUACCCACGACCAAUGAAUAGAAAGGCUGGUGUAUGCAGAUAUAACCGUAUACCGCCGGUAUAUAAUAAUUCAAAUCAAAGGUUUUGUAAAAAAUUAAACAAUCAUAUGUAUAAAACACCAACUGUAUUCAUGAUUGAAGAUCAAGCUGGUGACAGGCAUAACAAGCUUUAUGAAGAUUAUUCAACGUUGAAUCAUCUGAAAGAGAUUAAACGUCGACAUCUGCUGUAUUCACGACGACCUGAGAAUGUAAUCUAUCAACUCCCACCAAUAGUAUCAACGUGUAAAAACUCAAAUAAAUUACUGAAAACUAAUAAUAACAAUAACAACAACAACAAUCAUUGUGAAAAAAGUAAAAAUAUCCAUUCAAACAAGUCAAUUCAUAGAACAAAUAGUUUUUAAAUAUGAAUGUUUCUUACUAUAUUGUUUGUGGAAUGGACUAAUUUUUGUAAACUUUGUGUGUACUAAAUAAUUGUUUUUCCAGCACAGCAUCACAUUUAAAAGAACCAGGGAACUUAUCAGUCUUUUAGUGGAUUAGUUAUCCUUCAUAUCAUAUGCAUUUAGUACAUAUAUUCCUAUAAUAUACACAUGUAUCUAGAGCCCUAUUAGUUUGGUUAAUCUGCAAAAAUAAUUUUUCAAAUGUAUCAUUUUCCAACAUAUAUAUAUUAUAACCGAAUUUUAAAAAUUCAUUUACUACAUAUGCUGAAUGAAAACCAUUUUCUCUGUAUUUAUUUAACAGAACUUAUAAUAAAUAGAGUUUAUUUAAAAGACUGUGUACAUCACUACUGAUAUUUAUCCACACUGCGUAUUUUCGUUUUACCUGUAUUCAAACUCACGCCGGCUGACAGCACUGAUAAAACUGAAUCAGGCUGACCUACUGAGCAAGGUGACCAUUUCGUGUUGCUAUCUUUUAGAACAUCAUGUGUGUAACAACAGAAGACAACGGCCAGGCAACAGAUCGUUUUAUU